AUUAGAGAAGCGCCUUUGCCUUUGCGAUUUCGAAUGGUUCAACUCGGCCGAUUGAUAGACAUUUUCCAACGAAUCGCCCCGCGCGGAAUCGUUAGCGAACGCGUCCUGGUUUACGUCCUCCAGGACCUGGUAUCCUGUGGAGAGGAGGACUGUUACCCGCCUUUUGUGCCGUGCGCCUGGCGACAAUUGCGACCUCCGGAUAUCGAGAUAUUGGUCGAGCAACUUUUUGGCGCCGCCGAAUAUAUCGAAUGGCGAGAGUUCAUUCUGUACGCGAUGGAUCUGCCUGUGCCAUCGCAUCAGGAUAUUCUAAAGGCGCGCGCAGCCUUCAAGAUGCAAGAUCCUGAGUCAAGGGAGGUAGUCACCUGCGAGCAAUUUCACUCGGCACCCUUAUGGUUCCUCGAAAUUUCCACUUUUCACGAGAAUCUCUUGGACGAGGAGCUCGAUUACAACAAUUCCGAUACGGUAAAGGAUGUAAUGUUACGCGAGAAAGCGCGAUUAGGCGAGCGAGUUUCGGGUUUGAAGAGCGACCUCAUAGAAACGUGGGAGGAUAAUUCUGAUACAAUAUUGAGGCUGAUGCUGGCGAAGGAACUUCUUUGCCGAAUGUACCUAGUAAAUCGAGAUUCUGUUCAUUAUACGGCUAUGCUAUUAGCCUUUUGCAAGGCUGAAAAUCCUAGUGAAGGUCUUGGAAAGGCGUUCACUCUUGCUAUGGGUGCUAAAGUUUGUACCGACGUAAUAGAAGGUGAGAAAUACGUCAAAGAGUUUGUCGAAGAGAAGCGUCGUGCUAAGGAGUUGAAAUUGAACCAGGAUUAUGUUCGAGAGGAAGCUAAUGAGGUAACUCAAAAUUUAUUAAAACAAAUGUAUAAUGUAAAACAAGAAAAAAAUAAAUGUUACAUCCUCUUGAGUAAAAGGCGACAUAUCCGGUUUCACAUAGUGCGAGAAAUUAUGAAUUACAUAAUAAAUGAAACGAUAAAAGCUGUCACUAUGUUUGAGAGAUCUCGCGACUUAGAUCCGAAACGUCAAAUAAUGAUACAGCAGUUAAACGGAUUGGAAGAGAUAGAUCCGGCAGGGUUCUUACCACCGGAAAAGAUAUCCGAACACCUAGUUACAGAAGAUCCAUCGAUGAUCAAUGACGAACACGAAUACGAGCAGUUUCCCGUGUCAACCGAAGACGGAAUGCCGGAAGAUCGCGAGAGGAUCCAGCAGCACGAAAAGAUAAUCUAUUGGUUACCGCGGGAUAUAUGCCUGACGGUUCUGUCCACGUGUCUGCCGUGGCUUGCAUCACAAAUGGAUCUUUUUCAAACCACUCUGAGCCUUCGCGAAGGAAUAGUUCGUGUGUACGAUGAUUUAAGAGACGAAGAGCUAAAUGAUGAGAAAGAUCUUGUUUUAGCACAUCGUCUAGUGAACCACAUUUUCAUCCGCGAAUUACUUCGCGCUUCUAGCAAAUUUACUUCGAAAAACAUGGCAGAUCUGCUCCGCAAUAUUUUAAAAAGUCGAGUCGAGAAAGUAGUGUAAGAAAGUUCAUUUUUAAAAAUACAUAGAA